AUGUUUGGGUUGACUCGCUGGCUACGCGUGAAGAUUACCGUGGAACAAGUGGCGGCAGUGGUGCAGGCAAAACUCUCUGGGGCACAGUCGGUGCAAAACACACUUCUCAUUGACGUCCGCUCCACGGGUGAGGUGGCGGCCACGGGUGUCAUCCCCACAGCCGUCAACGUUCCACUGAAGUUAUUAGAAUUUGCCCUCGGUGAAGAAGUGGAGGCGGAGGAAUUUGAGAAGACAUUUGGCGUACAAAAGCCCCAGCCCGGCAUGACGCAAGUGAUAUUUUACUGUACCCACGGCGUCCGCUCCGCCAUUGCCACGGAAAUAGCAGGGAACUUGGGCUUCACCGAUGCAAAGAACUUUGCCGGUAGUUUUACCGAAUGGCAGAGACACCACGGUGAGCCUUGCGACAAUCGAGACGUUCCAUUAAAGUAA